UGAAAAAAACUCCACCUUUUAUCUCUCUUGUCAAGAAAGUGCAGCGUCCAUUCAUAUCCAUGGACGAAAUGGAGAUUGCUUUACUCUCUUCGUAUAAAUGAAAAGCAACACCAACACCAACACCAACACCAACACCCCUUCUCCUCAACCAACAAUGGCCGUGGACCACACCCGUUACUGCGAAGAAGAAACUACUCCUAAAAGCGAAAUCACCUCAAACCACAACACCUCCCGAUUCCAAUACGAUUCGAAAUGGGACGACGAAGACCUCCAAUUCCUCCUCCGCAAAGACAGCCAACAAACUACGCCUCCCGAAUCCAGUCGCCUCUCUUCAUCAGCUAGAAAUCAAGCCGUCGGAAUCCUUCUCAAAAUCGCUUCGCAUCAUAAAUUCUCCGCCUCCGCCGCCGUCCUGGCCGUCAAUUUCGUCGACAGAUUCUUGCUGAGUUUGAAGGGAGAUGAGAAGCGGCCGUGGCUGACGCAGCUUGUGGCCGUUGCUUGCCUCUCUAUUGCCGCCAAAGUUGAAGAAACUCACGUUCCUCUUCUCGUAGACCUUCAAGUGGAGGAUGCGAAGUAUUUGUUCGAGGCGAAGACGAUUAAGAGAAUGGAGCUUUUGAUUCUGUCCGCGUUGGAUUGGAGGAUGAAUCCGGUGACUCCUCUUUCGUUCAUUGAUCAUUUUGUGAGGAGGCUUGGGUUUGCGAUUCAUUUGGGGUUUCUGGCGAGCUGUGAAGAUGCUGUGAUUUCCUUCGUUUCCGAUUGGAGGUGUGUGGAAUAUUCGGCGGGAGUUGUGGCGAGUGCGGCGAUGCUUCACGUCGUCAAUCAGGAGGAAUACUGCGGCUUUGCGCUUCAGUGUGAGAAGAUGAUGUUUGAGGUCCUUCAUAUCAGUAAGAUGGAAGUGGACAAGUGUAGCAUGCUUAUCUCAGACAUACAUCCAAACGACAAGAAGAAGGUCUCAAAACGCAGAAACUGCGAAUUGAGUGGAAGUUGGAAUGAUGCAACAAUAAUUGAUGGUGAAGUUGCAAAUGAUCAUAACCCUAUUUUAAAGAAACACAAGAAGCAUUGAGGCAGGCAUUAAGCCACCUUCCUCAAUAUUCAAAAAUCAAAAUCAUCUCUCUCUUCAAUAAUAAUUAAUGUAUGCUUGCUGGAAGCAAAGAAAAGUUAAAAAAGCUUUUACCAUCACUUGCAAAUCUGUGCACAAACAGAGAAGAAAGAGAGAGGGAGAAGUGAGAAGUGUGUGCUAUUUAUGGGUAAAUACCAGGACUGCCCCUGGAUUCCAAUUGUGGACAUGCCUAAUUUAAUGAAUGGAACCAUAUUGUUGAGCUUACUGUGUGUUUCCAUUUGUAAGAAACUCCUAGUUUCUUACUUUGCAACUUUGUUUGCAUCCUAACAUUGGAAUAAAACAGAUUCAUUUUCUGGAA